CCUUUGAGACCCAUCCACUUUGAAUUCCAUCAUAAAGAAGCCAUGUCUAUUUCGGACACUGAUGAAUUGCAAGAAGAAGACAAUGACUACGAUACUGGUGACUUAAUGAAUGCAUCUUCAAAAAAUGGAGAAAACCAUGUUCGUGAAAGGAGAAGUGCUAAAUGGUCACCCGAUUAUGACCUAUACGGGCAGUGGGCCGAAGAGUAUUAUUCUGAUUAUGAAUCAUCAUCAAAGGAUAAAACAGAAACCAAAUCAAAAGUAGACGUCAUCGAGAAACUUAUAGAAAAAGUGGUUAAUCAAACAACGGAAGAAUCAGAGAUCGAAAAAGCACAAAAGAGAAAACUGAUUGAAAAGUCUAUAAUGUAUACAACCUGGAUCGUUGGAUCUCUUGUGGUCAGCUGCUGUUUAUUUAUAUGCGGAAGAAGAUGUCUUUUCAUGUUCUUGUGCGACUUCUGUGAUCCACCACGAUAUAAAAACAAAUUAACAAAGAUGCUCAUGAAAUAUGAACCGGGUGUUUAUGCGCACAAAAAUGGAUACAUCGAAAAUUAUAUACCAUUAGAAGAAGAAAAAGAAGCAUUGGCAGAGCUAGUGAAACUCUUGAACGCACUAUGAUUUAAACAUUUAGAAAGCAUUUUUUUUUUUAAAUUAUUUUAAAAAUUUCCGAAAAUAUUUCAGAAAAUUUCCAUAAAACCGAAAACGACAAUAAAAAAAAGUUUCCCUUGUAUGCAUGCUAGAUGAUUUAAAUAAAGAUAGUCGAUUAUUAAAUUUUCAUAAAGAAUGCAUUGAAUUGUUUGUAUCGAUUUAAAUAGGAGGGGCUUAGGGAAAUAUAGUGAAGUCGAAAAUUCUCCAAAGGUUACAUUUUUGCAUAAAACUGUUCCUUAGUAUUACUCCAGAUCGGUACAUGAAAUAUUUCCGCAAUUUUCAUUUUAAAAAAAAAACAGUUAACUUCACAAUUUUUACUAUUUGUAAUUUUAAAUGCAAUUCUUAUUACAAUUAUUCGUUAAUACAAUGAAAAAUUCUUAUGAUACAAAGUGAUCAAAUGUACAAAUAUAUUCUUCAUAUUUCAACUUUUUCGACAAGUAGUGUGUCCCAUGAGUAUAAUUUUGAUCGAGUGCCCAUAGAGGAAUAUAGGUAAAUGUAUAUUCUAAAUCACAGAACAACCCAUCUUACUAAACAUAAAAUUAGACAAUUGUUUUAAUUUUACUUAGAGCAAAAAACUUUUGCACAUUUAUGUGUAAAAAUAAUGAUGAAGUUGGAUGAAAUUGAACUAUUCUCAUAUAUUAAACAAAUUUUUUUAUUUUAGAGCUGAUUUUUUAAUUUUUUUUUCUUUUUACUGCAACACAUCAAUUUCUUAGACAACUCUUAUUUAAGUAGGUAAUAAAAUACUAUAUUAAUUUCUCCUUAAUGUAAUCAAUGAAAAUCUUGAAUAAACCAAUGUUUUAAGUCACAGAGCAACAUCGAUUUUCUAACUCCAUUACGCUAAAAGGUUUACUAAAUCCUUAUGCUACAAUAAUGUUCUUUUGUUCUUAAGAUUGAGGAUAGUCACUCGAUUUAAAAUUACAAUUUAGUUUGACUGUCCUACAACUAAUUCAGGGUGCC